UUAUCUCCACCCUCUGCUCGGGAAACACUGCAUUUGACUUUGUAUAGAAUUUCUUGAGUCAUCCAUUUGCUGGGAGCUUCAGUCCCGAUCAGGAGGGCGACUGAUCCAAAAUCCCAGGAUGCAUCUACUGAGCUGUAUUGCUGCCACCUUCCUCUUGCUCUGCUUGGCUUGCCAGCUGUCUUUUUCAAAAGAGACCAAAGACCACUCUGACAAUUCUUCAGCCUUGAUCCCAUGCCUUCAUAUAGAUGUGGACUACUGCUCAGAAGCAGCCAAAUGUUGCCAUCUUGGGGUAGAUGAGUAUGGCUGGAUCGCCGCUGCGGUUGGCUGGAGUCUGUGGUUUCUCACUCUCAUCCUAUUCUGCAUCGAUAAACUCAUGAGACUGCAGCCUGAUGAACCCAAACACUUGGAAGCCUGAGGAACAACAAAGCUGAGAAAUGCCUCUGCCUGUAUUUGCUGUUCAAGACCAAGCAAGUGGCUUCAGACAUUAGUUUAGCUUCUUUUGCUGUUGCUGCAUAAAAGGACAUUUCUGAACCUCGCACUGCAAAAGAGGGCCUGAAAAGAAAAAGACACUGCAAAGUUGCACCAUACUAUUAUUGUGUCCUAAUGUUUUGCCCGCAUCCAUGGCUGGCGUUUUCAGAGACGUGUCACAGUGAGAAACAGAGAUGUGUUUCUCCCAGUGUGAAACACAUUUCACAGUGACGUGCCUCUGAAGAUGCCAGCCAUAGAUGUGGGCAAAAUGUUAGGAGCAAAAACUACCAGAUUUCAAUCACACAGCCCAGAAAACCCACCUCAGCCAGUUGAUUCCGGCUGUAAAAGCCUUCGACAAUACAUUGAAUCUCAGUUCCUUAAUACAGCUUCUAUUUAUAGCUCCAUCAAAUGCAACAGCAGCACCCAUCUGGAUUCCGUGGUCCCAGCUGUGAGUUUAUCAUCCGUAGUAAAAGGUCAGCUUAUCCCCUCUAAAACUGGGAUGGGGGAUCUUCAGAUCUACAGCUAGUCAGCACUUUCUUCUGAUGAAACACACUGUGAAAUUUCUUUUGCGGGGUCAGUAAUCUGAAUCACAACUUGAAGUGUUGCUUCCUGGAUAUUAAAAAAAAUUAAUCUAAGCCAACAGGCACAAUUCAAAAUAACUGACUGGUCAUACUAUGCACAGGUCUACAGGGAGUGGUGGUGUUUUGCUUCUCUGAGGACAGUACACAAACACAAAACCAAAGGAGGCGGUAGGUGGCAUAAUGCUUCUCCAGCUCCUUGGGAGAGGAAGGGAGACUGGGGGCCAAACACAUACCACAUAUGAUAAACUGAAGUUGCACCUGGGGCGUGAUCUCCCUAUCACCCCGCUUCCUCCAUCUCUACUGCCACCUGCAAUAUAAUUUAAGAUAUAUAUGCAAUAACUUCUGACUAAAGCUAACUCAGAAAGAAACAGCUAUUGGUAGCAUGACGCAAGAAACCAUAACUUUAAUUAUUCUCAUCAGGAAACAAAUCUUUUAAUGAAAAAAAAAACCCUUUGUUGGUCACUGUGUUUUUAUUGUGUAUUUUCCUUCAUUUUUCAUUGUACAUGCGCUGAAAUAAUCACAAAACAUCAACAUCUUUCACGUGCAAAAUUAACCCCCCCUCCCCAAAGUCACAACAUUCACAACACAAAUUUCGGUGUUGGA